AUGAUGUAUACACCUGCAGCAAAGAAGCGACGACUCGAUACCGCGAACGAGAUCCUCCGGAAACCUUUUAAGUCGCCCGCUGUGGUAGUGCGGGACGGGGGGCACAAUGCGGAAGCUAAGGACGGCACGGCAUCAACGCCUCCGACAGAGACAAAGUCGACCCAGCGCGGCGGUAGCGGUGUAGGGACUCCGGCACGGCGGAACGAGAAUCAGCCUUCUUCAGCCAAGCAAUUCAGCACGCCCACCCGUCGUCCGUUCAGUCUGUCGCGACCCCGGCAGGGCGCCUCGCCCUCGCCUUUGAGAACGACGCCUUUGGCGAGGAAGUCGAUUACCGAUGCCGUGCACAACACCACCACCAAGCCGAUUGGGAUGAAGAGUGCUAGGGCGGUGGAGGGUCGCGAAGAGAUUAUCAGACAGGCCGAGCGGAUCUGUGGGAGAGCCGGCGCCGAGACGGAUGAGGAGCUGGUUGCGCUGAUUGAGAAGUGGAGGGGGGCGAGCAGGCAGGCCGCUCAGGAGGUGUUUGAGGCCUCUAGGGAGAGAGUGCAGAGCAUGGGUGGGAUGAAGGCGUGGAGGAAGACGAGGCGGGAAGAUCAGAGGAGCUUCCUGGAGCGGAUGAUGGAGGGGGAGCCUGCGCGGGAUCACGAUGAGGCUGCCGACUGCGAGAAUUCACCACCAGAUGAAAUCGGAGCCGAAAGCGACGGAGAUGAGGAUGGGGAAGAGAAUGAAGACGACGAGGAGUUUACUCUGGGCACGAUGUUGAAGAGCAUGAACAUCGACUUUGAUAUCAUUGGCUACGACGAGGAUACCGGAUGGUGGAGGGAUGGGUGA